UCCAGCGGUCCGCAACACCUAAACAAAAUGUCGGACACAGAAGAUAAAUACAAACGUAUUGCUAAUGGAACGCCGGACAUCGGAGACAAAGGAAGUGUCAUGAACCAUACUGGAAACGGCAAACCAGAAUUGUCCCAAUUUAGUCUCGAAAAAGCGGAACUUCUGGGAAAGAAAAGGAGAGUAAGCUUUGCGGCUGCCGUUCGCCUCCGUUAUGCCGCCAUCGUUGUGUCAUGGCUGUCUGUGAUAUUUGCAAUGGUACAGGGCGCACUGGCAUUAGUGCUUUCCUUAACAAGAAACAGUUCUACGUUAUUCGGAUUCGGGUUGGCGGCUCUUCUUGACAGCGCCUCAUCAAUAGUUGUACUGUGGAGGUUUCAUAGCAAAGAAAUUUACUCGGAUGCCGCGGAAUCCAGCGCCUGUCUAAUCAUCGGGUUCUUCUUUUUAUUGUCGUCAUUUUUCCUGGCUGGAAAAACGAUAUAUGAUUUAGUGCUGCACAUUAAAGAAGUAAAGUCUAUACUGGUGUGGACAUUGUCUCUGGUUAACGGUAUAAUCAACGUGGUACUUGGUGUUUCCAAAAUAUGUAUUGGCUACAAGAUAGAAAGUAUGGCACUUCUCACUGACAGUGCUAUAACGAUCAUUGGUGCAGUAAUGAGUUUUGCAGUACUAGGAGCGCUUGAAGCAUACAUUGCAGAUGCAUCACUUUGGUAUAUCGAUUCCAUAUUUGGAAUAAUUUGCAGUUUGAUAUUAUUCACAUUUUCCGUGAAACUGAUUAUUAAAAAUUCAACGCCACAUCAAUGA